AUGGCUCUUUCCGCCUCAACUCUGCGUCUCCUAAUCGUUAUCUUCGUGGCCCUGGGGAGCACGACAUACGGCUAUUGCGCCUCGAUCAUUAGCACGACCCUCGCACAGCCGUCCUUCAUUGCCUACUUCGAACUCGACACCCGGCACAAUGCUACCGAUCUGAUCGGCUCCAUCUUCGGCCUUUUCCAGACUGGUGGCUUCUUCGGCACAUUGUCAUGCUUAAAAUCAGCCGACUGGCUGGGUCGCCGCAAGGCACUCUUUUACGCAGGCAUAGUCACCACCAUUGGUGGGGCCCUCCAAGCCGGCAGCGUGAACAUUGGAAUGUACAUCUUUUCACGAUUCCUCACGGGUGUCGGCAUCGGUGCUCUGGUGACACUUGUGCCUCUUUACCAGAGCGAGAUUGCUCCUCCUAAGAUUCGAGGCUUCCUUGUCGCUAUGCAUGGCGUGAUGCUGUGCGUGGGCUACUCGGCCGCCAGCUGGGUUGGGCUCGGAUUCUACUUCGUCGACGCUGGCGGCGCGCAAUGGAGACUCCCUCUCGCCAUUCAGGCGGUUUGGCCCGCAGUGCUUUCAGCGGGAGUUCUCUUCUUGCCAGAAACGCCCAGAUGGCUCCUCGACCAUGAUCGAUAUGAAGAGGCUUUCGCCUCCUUCAAACAUGUCCGUGCCGAGUCCUCUGACGCCUUCUUGAACGACGAAGCAGCUCUCCGUGCCGACUUUGCCAUUCUGCGCGAACAGAUCAUUUUCGAGAAACAACAGCAAUUGUCCUUUUGGGAUCUUUUCCGCCUGCCACAUUACCGAAAGAGACUGAUUGUCGGUUUCGUUACCAUGGUCGCUCCUCAGGUCACGGGCACUCAGAUCAUCUACAACUACGGUUCCCAACUGUACAAGAGUCUCGGCUUCAACACUCUUGAACAGCUCCUUCUGAGUUGUGGUUGGAUCACCUUUUCACCCUUUGGCAACUGGUUCAACGGCCUGGUCGUCGACAAGAUGGGCCGAGUGAGGAUGCUGCUAAUUGGGAUCAUUGGCUGCGUCCUAUGCCUUGUCGGCGAGGCCAUCACACUUUCCCAACUCGAGAAGGGCCCAAAUCGAGCGGCCACGAAUGCCGCCGUGUUCUUCCUCUUCUUGUUCGUGGGCUUCUACGCGAGCUUCAUCGACGCCACCACAUAUAUCUACGCGUCCGAAAUCUUCCCCACUCCAGUCCGGGCGAAGGGCCUGUCUAUUUCUAUCUCAGGCUUGUUCCUCUCCUCGUUGGCUAUCUUGCAAGGUGCCCCUGCCGGCUUCGCCAACAUUGGAUGGCGAUAUUACUUGGUCUUCAUCUCCGUCACCACCGUCAUGGUCAUCUUCAUGUAUUUCUAUUUCCCAGAGACCAAGAAGAUGAGCUUGGAAGAGAUCGGCCAGGUGUUUGGAGAUGAAGUUGCGCAUGUCGACCCGAGCACGGCAACGGCCAUGGGCGAGAAGGAGGAUGUUGAGAUGCACAUCGAGACUGCCAGGCCAAAGGAAUAG